AUGGAUACGAAUGAUUCAUACGAAUUUUUAAGUGAUCACUCUGUUGUGAGUGAUACAUUUCCGGAAAAUGAGCAAAUAAUGGCGUACGAAAACAUGAUUCAGCCUUACUCAUAUGAACCGGUUGAAAUCGACUCGGGUAGCGACGCCGACGACGAUUCGCAAGGAACGAGUGCUGAGUCUUCAAUUGAAUCUGGCUCAAAAAGACUUCAAGAUAAGUACUGGUGUACAUGCGGUCAUUGUCAAAUAAUGGACAGACAUGAAGAAUGUAUAUGUUGCAAAGAGAUUGCUGCUUGCAGGGAUAUUAAUGAAGAGUCAGCUGAAUUCGAGGGUAUUGAUGUUCCAGAAUGUAUCACUGACAACCCUGUAUUCCAAAAUUUAUGUUUAAAUUACUGGGUAUUGAGAUUGGCGUGGAGUCAAUAUAAGCAGCAGUAUGGGAAAAGUGCUUUUGAAGGACCAGAGCAUAAGAGGCAAAGGCAUGUUGCUUACAGACAAUUUGUAAGAUGGUGUUGGGGAAUUUUGGGAAAAGAAAUAAGGAAUCCUUUGCCAUCUUGUGCUGUUUGUUGUAUUCGGGCAUAUUUCCCUCCACCUGGUCUAGAAGAAGAUUUUGUAUUUAAAGGUUUUGAAUUUGCUGAUGAGUGA